AACACACAACAACAAAAAUGACUAGAUCCAUCUCUUUGUGUCUCUUCUUCUUCUUAUUCAUUUCUUGGAUUCCUAAGCUAAUCACAAGCUACCCUCUCUCCACAAAAUCAAGAUGGAUCGUGGAUGAGAAAGGCCAAAGGGUGAAGCUAGCCUGCGUGAACUGGCCGGCGCAUCUCCAGCCCGCGGUGGCUGAAGGGCUAAGCAAACAACCAUUAGACUCCAUCUCCAAGAAGAUUGUCUCAAUGGGAUUUAACUGCGUUAGGCUCACUUGGCCUCUUGAUUUGAUGACUAAUGACACGUUGGCUAGCAAUGUUACCGUCAAACAGUCUUUUGAAAGAUUGAAUCUGCUUGAUGAUGUUCUUGGCAUUCAAACUCACAAUCCCAAAAUCCUUAACCUUCCCAUAUUCAAUGCAUUCCAGGAAGUGGUCUCGAACCUUGGACAAAACGGAGUAAUGGUGAUACUAGACAACCACUUGACAACGCCAGGAUGGUGUUGCAGCGACAACGACCUCGACGCCUUCUUCGAAUACCCUAACUUUGAUCCUAUCAUCUGGACCAAGGGAUUGAGCAAGAUGGCUUCUCUUUUCCGCAAUGUCACUAAUGUCGUUGGCAUGAGCCUUAGGAACGAACCACGUGGUACCAGAGAUUACCCUAACCUCUGGUUCAAGUACAUGCCAAAAGGAGGAGAAGCAGUACACGCAGCAAACCCUGACGUCCUAGUCAUCCUCUCCGGCAUCGACUACGACACAAACCUCUCUUUCCUCCGUGACCGCUUCUUCAACGUCAGCUUCACCGACAAACUCGUCUUCGAGCAACAUUGGUACAGCUUCUCCGACGGUCGUGACUCGUGGGAAAAGCACAACUCUAACGAUUUUUGCGCGAAAAUCAUCGAGAAAGUCACACAUAACGGAGGAUUCUUGAUCGGGAGAGGCUUUCCUUUGUUCUUGACUGAGUUUGGGGCUAACCUGAGAAGCGGUGACGUUAGCGGAAACCGGUAUAUGAACUGUUUGGUGGCUUGGGCUGCGGAGAAUGAUUUGGAUUGGGCGGUUUGGGCAUUAACCGGAGAUUAUUAUUUGAGAACCGGUCAAAAACAUAUGGUUGAGACUUUUGGUGUUUUGGCUCCUAAUUGGAAAGACGUCGCCAACUCUACUUACCUGCAAAAACUCUCCGGAAUUCAACUUCCAGUUACAGGGCCCGGUUUACAAUCCAAAAAACUUCUCUUCCACCCAACAACCGGCCUUUGCGUCACCAGUAAUCUCUCAAACAAUUCAUCUACACUUCGAUUGGAACAAUGCCGUAAAGCCGAGCCAUCAACCUUUAAUCCCAGUGAAGGUAUUCUCUGGAGUAACAAAAUGUGCGUCGAGGCUCCAGAUGCUGUUGGACAGAAAGUGAAGCUUGGAGUUGGCACUAAGUGCUCUAAGUUGGGACAAACCUCAGCUACUCACAUGCAUUUGUCGUUUAAGACAACAAGUAAUGGUUCGUUGCUAUGCCUUGAUGUGGAUGAACGUGACAACAGCAUCGUCGCUAACCCUUGCAAGUGUUUGACCAUGGAUGCUUCUUGUGAUCCAGCGAGCCAAUGGUUCAAAUUUCUUUAA